GUCAAAUGCAGAGAAUAAUUUCUCCACUGUGGGACUAAUAAAGGAAUGUUUCUUCUUUUCUUCUUCUUCUUAAUCAAACUCUUUUAGUGUAUCUGUAUAUGUAUAAUAAAAACCUCUAAAUGGUAUCUGGGACAAAACAGCCUUUAUUGAGAAAGUGUGGAUCAGGAUGUGUUUGAAUGCGUUUCUUAACGGAGAACCUCGGUACACUGAGGCUUCCAUACUGCGUUAUUUUCACCACCACCAACAUUAACACCCAAGUGUGCUGGGACUGACUGAGUCAGUGUAUAACAGGAGGAAAUGGAUGGGCGGAAGUCCAUGUGUGUGUUUGUGGACCUGCUUUCAGGUCACAUUUAGAAAGCCAGGUGGUGUUUAUGUGGUUACGGAAGCCCCGGGGGCGGCGGACCUCGGUCGGAACAGCAAACCCUCUGCUGGGACCAUUUACGUCUGCUCUGUAUUAACUGCCGGCACAUGCUCAUUUGUUUUGUGUAGUAGGUCCAAAAUCAGACAUCUUUGAGGCCGUUUGUUGUUAAUUCAAGACUAUUCUUUUUCACAUGGAGACUUCAAACAUUGUGGCUCGAUAAAUACGAUCACCCUACUGCCAGUUUAUGAAAGCUUACCAGGUAACAGCGCUCAAAGGAGACUAUGAUGUGGUGUUGAUUAGCAGCAGUAUUCAGAUCUUCUAAUGUCUCCAUCUUCCCAACUGUUACAGGAAGGGAGCAGGAAGUUGAUGUUGGCUCACACUUGGUGCACACAGUGUAGAAAGGCCUGGCUGAGGAUGAGAGUGAAGGUUUUCUAGAUUUGGGGGGAUGUAGCACUGUAGCGAGAUCUCGUUGUGGGGCCUCACCAUAACAGAUCUCCCUUUAUUGUCCAGAAUGGGAGAGAAAUUUAUAGACUGCAUACUGCUGUGACGAUGACGCAGGCGAAGCUACAGUUACAUUAUUAGUACAGUUACGGCUGUAUUAUAUUCUCUGACAGGAAGCACAGCCAACAGCAGCAAAGGACCACAAAAUGGGUCACAAAAUAAGUAUGAGGGGAUGAUUAAUGGGAAGAAGAACAAACAAGAAAGUUUUUCUUUAAAAUAAAUAUUGCCUGGUUAUAGUUAUAUCCACAUAGGCUCUAAAAAUGAUUAAAGUUAAACAAUCUCAGAAGGGAAAAUCACUCGCAGGUUUACACAUAACAAACUCAUAAUAAUGAGUUAAAAGUUGUUUCAUUUUAAGUCAAAAAGUUUAGGAGCCACUGAUUUAGACCGAUAUAGGGCACAACAAAUCAAGCUGAAUGUGGGAAUAUUAGAGUGAAACUGGAGGAAAUUGAAAUAAUGGAAUUCAAGGCAAAGGGCAUUAUAGUCAGCAAAGAAGGUCCAUUAUAAUAAUUAUGAGAUUAACAGCUUGUGAGUCAAAUGCGAAAGCCUUUAAAUUCCUCAAAUGAUAAACAACUGUAUAUUCAGUGCACUCUGCAUUGCCACAACCACUACUGUAUGUGACACAGCAUCACGAUGACGAUGAAUGAAGAGUUGUAGAGUCUGCUCUAUGAACAAAGGAGCAUGCUGCUGUUUGACAUUUGGCAGAAAGAACAGCUUUUCAAUGCGGAUUAUUCAUCGGCGGUUUGAUCCUCCGCUCAAAUGUCACCACAACAAUGCCUCUGACUUGGCAGCAGCGUCGGCCUUUCUGCUGCUCUGCGGGGUGAGGGAUUGGCAAUAGUUACCACAUCUAAUGUGGCAUUCGGAAAAAGAUUCAGACUUUGUGUUCAAGCGCUUUUGCUUUUCAAAUGAUCAUUAUUACCACUUUAUGGAGAAUUAAGAACGAGGAAUGAGAAUCUUGGUUUACCACAUCACUGCGAUGUUGUGCUCCAUGCUUUGACUUAUGAUGUGUUGUGAAUACGUUGUACGGAUGGCUAAAGCAGGAAAUGUGUGAACUGCUGCAGCAUAACCUAGUGCCUCACAUGACUGAUGGUUGUAACAGACCUGUGGCCGCAAGGAAAAUAACAAAAAAGGUUUACCUAACAUGUAGCUUAACCCCAAAACAUGUCCUAAUAUUUUACAAAACACUCAAGAAACAAGUCUAUAUUAGCAACUCAUGAUUACUGAUGAGUCUCCUUAAAAUUGAUUAAUUAAAAAACUGAUAAGAAAUUCUAUUUACCAGACCGCAGAGUCACAAAUUAUACAGUUCCCUCCCGAGGCGGCAGAAAAUUAAAAACAGAGAGACGCUAUUAUAUCGCUCUAAUUUGGACUUACCCAACAAGAAUGAACAGCACUUUUCUCUAAAUGUCCUGUUGUAAUGUAUGGAAUGGAUAAUCACAGCGCCGGGCCACGCACUUAUUGGAUCCAGCUGUGCCUGGACAGAGGUUGCUGCAUUCAGCUGGCCCCAAAUCCCCAAGACAUGGAAGUAAAACAAAAGACUCCGUGUUUAUCAGAUAAGACCUCCCAUAGCUAGAGCAGGACAUGAAAGAAUACGUGUGCUAUUUUCAAAGUUCUUGAGGGCUAUUAUUAAAGUAGAAAAGAGAGAGAUAACCUAAAAUGAUCGUAAUCAGUUUGUUUUUUUAAAGGAUUAAAUCUCCACUUGGUCUCCACAUUUGACUGUGCACAGUCAAAUGUGUCUCAUAAAUAGUGUGACUGCUCUUUAAACUGAAGAUGGUUUAUAUACAGAUGGUAUGGGGAUACUGGUUACAAUGACUGCCUGUCUGCAGGAAAAUCCUCCAAUUUCCUGCAGACACUGAACUUCUAAUAUCCAUCGUUAUGUCGGAGUAUACAGGCCAGCUGACUUCCAUUACCCACCGCUGGUCUGGAGUAGAAACAGUCACAGGGCCUAUCCACACCUGUCGCUGGUUAUAGACGUGGUCCAGGAUGGCAGUCAUAUGUGAUGAGUGGAAGAAAUGCAACUCAUAAAACACUAAUACAAAAACUUGCCCCCAGAUGUCUUUCAACAAAAUGUACUCUUUAAUUUCUCUUUCCACCAGAGCUCAUUCAGGGCUUCCAUGAAACAGGGUUUUGGCCUCGAUAGAGAAAAUCUCUGAUGGAGACUAGAGGAAAGUCGUUGCUCGAAGGAGACCGAACGAAGGAGACCGAACUGCUGUCAGGGAGGAAAUCGGUCAUAAAAUUGGGGCGCUCUUGCCGUCAGCUGCAGCAUCCCAAUAUAAUCAGACUACAAACACGUCCAUAUCUCGGAAGACUCAACAUAACGAUUACAUACGUUCGUUUGAAGUAAAUCCACACUGACCUGUCGGUAUACUCACAGUAGACUUUAUAAAAUAUGGACCUACUCUCUGUGAUGUCACCCAUGGACCAUGGUGUCUGCCCCGUUUCCAAUGACGGCUUUCUCAGAUGGUUCUGAGUAUCAAACCGUCUGGUGGGUCAGGUUAACACACUACCAGUGUAAGAACGUCCGGUUGUGGUUUUACGGGGAGGUAAAUGCCAGACUGUUUUUCACUUGGCCGUGAGCAGUGACUUCCUCACUCCCCUUAAAGCCACAAUAUAUCAUCUUUACACUUUGGCUUGUAAACGGAUUUAAGAAAUGUGUUAAUUAGUAAGCUUUAGGUGCUGGUAGGCAGAUUUAGUUUCUUCUGGACAGAGCCAGUCUAGCUGUUUCCCCCUGUUUCCAGUGUUUAUGCUAAGCUACGCUAACCAACGCGCAGAGGAGACUGGUGUCAAUCUUGUCAUUCUCUUGCAGAGAGCGAAUAAGCUUACUUCCCCAAAUAUCUACAACCACUCCUUUAAACCCAUAAAGUGUCUUCCCUGGUAUGUCUUCAAGAACACUUUUCAGUCCCUGGGCCACAGUUUGAGAACCGCUUCCGUAGGCUGCUGCAAUAAUCAUUACCAACCCCAUGAAACUUAACACCCCAGAUUGGAGAUCUUCCUCUCUGCACUCUUCCACGGGCCGUGAGGACAUUGCCCUUCUUGUCCGUGAACUGAAACUCGUGGUAACAGAAAGCCCACAUCCGACGUAGCUCGGACAGGUACAUAGGAAGUGCUCUUUCAAGGUGGUGAGCUCCCUUCCUUCCUGGCCCUGAGAGGACGAGCUGAGAGGGGGCUCUGUGUGAGGGACGAGGGAUCCAGUUGCAGGCAGCUGAAUCGGCGCUCUGUUGGGUCUCCCCUGGACACUGUCACAGCGUGUUUGCUGAAGGCGGGUCAAUGAGGACUUUCUUUGGCAGAGGAAUUUCACAGCACUCAACAGCACACAGACACACACACACACACACACACACACACACACACACACACACACACACACACUGGAACCAGCGCAGGUCUGCAACCCAGAUCUCUGGUGAGAACGGAAGUGGAUGAUGUGAAGAAAGGCUGUCACAAAAAGCUGGUCCAUUGGUUUAACUUUUCACUUGAUGAAAUGAAUUGGUCAUUUGUUACAGCUGAAAAUAUGUCAAUCAUAGUAUACCGUAGUUUGGUAGAACUUAGUACAAACAAUCAGAGUGUUAACACUGGAAAUCGUCAUCUGUCAAACUGAUUAUACUGUAAAAGAUAAGAUAAUAAGAUAUACCACAACUGUCAAAAGAAAUUGAAUUUAUUUCAGAAAGACAGUUUAUUGGUGAUGUGAUUAUAUGGAGGUUAUUUGUUGUGAUUGGGACUCACUUACACUGUCCGUAGUCAUUUAGAAACAGUUGCCAUUACAUGGUUUGUCCACAGGAGAGCACUAACUAAUUUGACAAAACAAUCUCAACUCAAGGUCCACUUACUUGCUUGCUGUAGAAGCCUUUUGACCACAUCACAAGGUUUUCAUCAGCAGAGUUUGCUGGGUUGGUACUGUAGGUAUUCAAACAUAAAACAUUUGGAGGAUUUCUCGGCCAUGUUGUUGAUAUAGCUGAGGUUGUGAUGUGUGGCACAGACAACUAAGCAAACCCUGAUCUUCUAAAAAAAAUGUAAAAAUUCUUGCUGCAGCCCAGAAAAAUCUCCAAAUGCCAAAUAAAAGUGCUCGUGGCUGACAGAUGCACAUUUAUCCGUUUAAUUAUUAACACAAGUGCCAGCUGACUGACCAGCAUCAUAUAAACAUAAACACAUGCAUUCCUGGUUCCUGCUUCUUCCCCUCCAAAAAAGACUCACCUUGAGCUGAAGGGGCUGCAGCGUCUCUGCUACAAAUAGGUUUCCCUCGAUGUCAGCUGAGGGCGACAGAGGGAGGUGUUCCCCCUCUCCCGGUGCUCAAGAUUUUCCUCAGUCCACAAUAAACUUUCAUUUUGGGGAAGUCGACACACACUCACGCACACACACAUACACACACACACACACACACACACACACACAACGGCGGCCGUCGUCUUGUCCUGCAACGGUUCGCUGGGAAAGCUGCACUAGAUUUGACUUGAGGUUCAUUGUACUUUAGAAAACGCGCAAAAGGAAGACGGAACAAACAUCGGAAGCGCACAGGUGGAGCUCUCCGGAGCGUCCUUUUUUAAAUUCUUUUUAAAAUUCAUCUUCUGGAAGGAGACUACAGGGACAAGAGGAGACAAGACAAUGACAGAAAGCAGUCUAAUAACGGCUGGUUAUUCCCGGAGUGUUUGCACCUGGAAUGGAAAAACUUUAUCUGCCUCGUCCGGACUGUUGUAAAAACUCCCAAGAAAGAAUGAAGUAACCGCAAUGGAGCCGGACAAUGCCCCGCACUCCGAACUCAAAAGCGCUGGAGUCGGGGGGAGAAUUCUGAUUCUUUGGACUAUACUCUGUUGCACCUGCUCUCUACGGCUCGCACAGGCACAAGAUGUGGAUGUUCUGCAGCAGCUCGGGCUUUCUGGGCGAAGAUCAUCGUCGGGCGCGCAACCCAUCCCUAACGGCAUCAUCCCCUUCAAGUCCGGAGUCAUCCUCACCCCGAGGGCCCGCAUCCAGGCGCCUCUGCACACCGUCAUCCCUGCUUCCUACAGCACCGCCAAUCUCUCCCUGAUCCUCAGCCUGUCGGUCCAUCGCGUCAACGGCGCCUUCCUUUUCUCCGUUCUGUCCAAGAAAAGGAAAGUGCAGCUCGGAGUGCAGUUCUUGCAGGGUAAGAUCCUGGUACGCGUGGGGCAGAGGAGCUCUGUGAUCUUCGACUACGACGUCCACGAUGGCCAGUGGCACAGUCUGGCUUUGGAUAUCCGAGGCCGCCGGGUUUCCUUACACACUUCUUGUGGAGAGAGAAGCAUCCACGCGGAUUUGCGUUCAAAAAAAGAGGCGGCUCUGGAUGUGGAGGGCUCUUUCCUGCUGGGCAAAAUGAACCACAACUCGGUGUCGUUUGAAGGCGCCGUCUGUCAGUUUGACAUUUAUCCUUCUGCUGAGGCAGCUCAUAACUAUUGUGAUUACAUUAAGAAACAAUGCAGAGAAGCCGACACGUAUCGGCCCGUGUUUCCACCCCUGCUACCUCUAAUUUCCACGGACCCAAACAUCACCGUCUCUCGCAUUACUCAACCGUCGUUGGAGGAGAUAUCCAAAAAGACAGACGGCUUGUCAAUGCUGAACAAAACAUCUGCAUAUCAAACUGUGAGCGCUCCAAAACCUGGCGCUGUGUCUGUUUCUCAGCUGGUUCUUCCAGAGUUGGAAAGUCUGUUUGAUUUUCCCAAACCAACUUCACAUAGCAGUGGCAUAAGGAACACAAAGUACGGCGAUACUAAUUCUCAAAAACCUUUUGGCGAAAGAAUGGAUUUACCCGCUUCCACCCGACCGACCGAGCAGCGGCCAAACCUCCACGCCGCUUUCACGCAGGGGCCUCCUCCAAACGCCUAUCUUCACCAGGAAGACCCGUCGACCACAGAAGCUCCAAAGACACCUGAGCCAAAAGUGACCAGUGUGCAGGAUGUCGAACCCACCUCACUGGUUCCAAUCACUACAGCUGCAACAGAUGGCUUCCAAAUAUUUCUCCUGGAUGCAACCCAGUUCUCACUGCUGGACGGACCACCUGGACAAAAGGGAGAACCAGGACCGUCGGGCCUUCAAGGACUUCCAGGGUUGCAAGGAAAGCCAGGGAAGAGGGGUCCAAGGGGUCCUCCGGGCCCUCAUGGAAACCCUGGUCAUCCCGGACCUCCUGGAGUCAAGGGACAGAAAGGAGAUUAUGGACAGUCACCUGGCCAUGCCCCAAAAGGACUAAAAGGAGAGCCUGGUGUCAUGGGCCCCCCUGGACUGUAUGGCCAAGAUGGACGCAAGGGACAAAGAGGUCAUCCUGGUCCUGCUGGUCUCCCUGGUGAACCUGGUCAAUGGGGAGAUGAUGGAAGCCCCGGGGCCAAAGGCUAUCCUGGCAGGCAGGGUUUACCCGGGCCUGUGGGGAAAAUGGGGCCAAAAGGAGUCAUGGGUCACAUAGGCCUCCUCGGGCGUUUUGGCCUUCCUGGUCCUGAUGGCGAGAGAGGAAUUCCUGGCGUUCAUGGGAAGAAGGGCAAGAUGGGUAGGCCGGGCUUUUCUGGUGACUUAGGAGAGAGAGGACCUCCUGGCCCUGAUGGGGACCCAGGUGAGCUGGGAUCUCCUGGCCCAUGUGGAGUCACUGGUCUUAUUGGAGACAUGGGCUCUGUUGGCUUUAUGGGCUCACCAGGAAUAACAGGACUCAAGGGAGUACCUGGAAACCCUGGGGAACCAGGACUGAAAGGUGAUAAGGGGGAUGAUGGCUUAGCAGGGGAGCCAGGGGAGUGUGGAUUCCAAGGGGACAAGGGUAUGCGCGGCUCCCUUGGGUUGCCGGGUCCUUCUGGAAAACCUGGACUACAGGGCGAACCUGGUGAAAAGGGCCCUGAUGGUUCACCAGGCCCUCCUGGCCCAGAGGGUUUUCCAGGUGACAUCGGCCCGCCAGGACAAAAUGGCCCCGAAGGACCCACGGGGAAGCAAGGGACAAGAGGUUUGCCAGGUCUAAGAGGAACGCUUGGUCUUCAGGGUGACGAGGGAUCGGUCGGGCCUGCUGGACCCGCUGGACUCGAGGGCAGGCCUGCGAGGCAGGGAUUCCCUGGACUGACAGGCCCAGAUGGACUCAAGGGCGAGACCGGGAUAACUGGCGAGGUUGGAAAAGUUGGCGAGAGGGGACUGCCUGGUUUUGUCGGGCCUGUUGGAGAGACUGGCGUCGGAGGAGAAAAGGGGGAUCGAGGCAAAACAGGUGGCCCAGGGCUGCCAGGUGAAACGGGGCCGAUGGGUCACACUGGAAUACCUGGGGAGACUGGACCACCUGGACUGCAAGGGAUCCCAGGGCCUCCUGGUUCACUUGGAUCCAUCGGCAUCAGAGGACCCAAAGGCAGGACGGGUCCGAGAGGUCCUGAUGGGCCAGUGGGGGAGAAAGGGUCCACAGGAGUAAAGGGCCCUGAUGGUCCACCAGGAAAAUUGGGCCUCCCCGGGGACAUGGGCAAGCUUGGCGAGCCAGGUGAAGCCGGGCCAAAGGGAUUCCCAGGUGUUCAAGGCCCCUCUGGACCUCCAGGGGCCAAAGGAAUUGCAGGAGAGCCAGGACCAGCAGGGCCAUCAGGAACGAUUGGGCCACUGGGGGCGAUGGGGCCAUGGGGGCCGCUGGGGAGGGCCGGAGAGAGAGGACUGCCUGGUGAACUGGGAGAGCAGGGCGACAUCGGUCUACCUGGCAACAUCGGGGAGCAGGGUUUGAUUGGCCAGAGAGGUGAGCCAGGCAUCGAUGGGGAGGCUGGACUAAGUGGACCCGAUGGAGCCAAGGGUGACAUGGGGGAUGCUGGUCAAGAAGGCACUGAAGGAGACAGGGGUGAAAUCGGUCUGCAAGGAAAGGAAGGACCCUCUGGGUCUCCCGGAUUGGUCGGUGUCAGGGGUCAGGAAGGUAAACCUGGUAGUGUUGGUGAAAGAGGAAAACCAGGAGAAAAGGGGAGCAAGGGUCACCAAGGUCACCUGGGUGAGCCCGGGUCAACUGGUGAGCACGGAGAGAUGGGGUUUGUCGGACAGAAGGGAGCGAGAGGAACCAUCGGGCCAGUGGGUGCUCCAGGGAGAAUGGGCCAACAAGGAGAUCCAGGCAUAUCAGGUUACGAGGGUCACAUGGGACCGCAGGGCCCCCUUGGACCUCCUGGGCCAAAAGGUGAAAAGGGGGAGCAGGGAGACGACAGCAAGGUAGAAGGUCCGGCAGGUCCCCAAGGUGACAGAGGUCCUCCUGGAAACAGAGGAGAGAGAGGAGAGCCAGGUGAUAGCGGACACUUUGGUGAAAUAGGCAUCGAUGGAAAGAGAGGUGAAGCUGGUGCCUCGGGGCUUCCUGGACACUCUGGGCCAAAGGGACAACCGGGCCUCAAAGGAUCCAAAGGUGACCAAGGUCAGAAAGGAAAAUCAGGGGCGAGAGGUGCAUCUGGGACCAAAGGACCACCAGGUCCUGAGGGUCCUCUUGGCCCACGAGGAGUUGUGGGCAGGGAGGGACUUGAGGGCCUGUCUGGCAUGGAUGGAGUGCCUGGUAAAGAUGGAACUAAAGGAGUCGAGGGGGAGCAAGGAGAAGAUGGAGAAGUGGGCUUACCUGGCAAACCUGGGCAGCAGGGCUCAACCGGUGAGAUGGGGCUUCCUGGAAGUCAAGGCUCCUUUGGACCAAAGGGUGAGAGGGGUCUUCCAGGUCAAACUGGUGCUUCAGGGAAAAAAGGCUCUAUUGGCGGGAUGGGAUUGCCAGGACAACACGGAGAGCAGGGACCUGAAGGGCAACCAGGGGUUACUGGUGACCAAGGAUUUCCAGGGGUGUUGGGUCUGUUUGGACCAAAGGGACCCCUGGGAGACAUUGGCCCAGCAGGGAUACAGGGACCAAAAGGACCACGUGGUUUGUUGGGUAUGGAGGGAGCUUUGGGCCCCGUUGGCAUCAUUGGCCCCAGCGGUCAUCCUGGACCCACGGGUGACAAAGGAAGUCGGGGGGAGACGGGGUUGCAAGGGCCAAGGGGAUUUCGUGGCCCUCGUGGACCACCCGGACCACCAGGUCUGCCCAGUUCCUCACUCUCACUUAGAAAUGAGGCUCUUGGUGCCGCCUUUCAAGUCAUCAUCAACUCCCAUGCUGCACUGAGGCCCGAGCAGAACUAUCCGAGCAUGGACCUGCUCAUGUUGGACCAGGGCACAGAGAUCUUCAAGACGUUGCAGCAUCUCAGCACUCUGAUCCAGAGUCUGAAGAACCCGCUGGGAACCCACGACAACCCCGCACGGAUCUGCCGAGACCUCCAGAGCUGUGAACAGAGGAUGUACGAUGGCACCUACUGGAUCGACCCAAACCUCGGCUGUGCCGCCGACACUAUUGAGGUGAUGUGCAACUUCACUGCUGGUGGACAGACUUGCCUGAAACCUAUCACAGUAUCCAAGUUGGAGAUGGGCGUGGGUCGUAUCCAGAUGAACUUCAUCCACCUUUUGAGCACGGAGGCCGUGCAGCACAUCACCAUUCACUGCCUCAACACACCCGUGUGGGCAGCAGGACCCUCCCUGCAACCCUCAUCCAGGGCUGUGAGCUUCAAGGCCUGGACAGGGGAGGAGAUUCAGGCCGGCGACCUCCUCGAGCCGCUCAUACCCCGGGACGACUGCUGGAUCAAAGAUGGCCGCUGGCAUCAGACCCACUUCAUCUUCCAGACCCAGGACCCAAACUUACUCCCCAUCGUGGAUGUGUACAACCUAGCGACCAGAGAACGUGGCGCGAGCUUCCACCUCGAGGUUGGACCCGUGUGCUUCUUAUAGGCCCCCCCGUGUAGGGGGCCGGGAAAUACUCAAAGGAGGGACGGCGUGGAGGAAGGCGGACGGGGGAGACUAAUGCUUCUGUGGUUUCCAGAGACAACAGACCACCAUUUUCUCCCUGCGAAAUAUGCUUGGACUGCAGAAACAGGAGGGGGGGCACUGCAGAAAAGAGGCCCAUUGAAAAUGCAGAGAUAAGACUUCUAGCACUAAUCAGCCUAUGGAAAACAACAAUAAGCUUCUUUUUUUUUCAGAGACUCGUUUGUGUGAUUCAACACCUGAAUGCCCCUUUUUGGAAGGAAGUAAUAUGACCGUCUCACCCUAUGUUGUAUCAUAUUUUCUUCACGGGCUGUGACCCGAUUUAGCAAAAAAAACGUUUUCUUUAGAGAGAUCUGUACAGAAAUAUGGGACAGUUACAUCUGCAAAUGCAAUAAUUCCUAUUUUAAUGUCUAAGUAUUAUUUAUACAUGUAUAUGUACUGUAUAUUGUAAUAUAAAGUGCAAUAGUUAUUUUUCCACAGCCUUUAGGCAUAUGCAUUAUAAACAUAACAUCACUCAUUCAGGUAUGCAGUGUGCCUCAGACACACAGGCGCACUGUCUCCAGGUAAGUCUUCUUGAACUUCUAAUAACUGUCCGGUGCCGAGAGACCCCCGCGUUCAUACAGAUGUCCUCACGCCAUCAACUGCUGUGCGGCGCUCUCCGUGUCGAAAAAUGCGUGGAAGCUCUCCCCCAGUGUGUCAAGAUGCUACCUCGUACUGCACCGCUCAUCUCGCAGCAAACAAAGACGUUACCUGAUAUAGAUCUGGGAUGACAUGGAGGAGACACCUGGUGCUACAACCGUUGACACUCGUAUGAUAAACUCUCUACGUCUGUGCUUUACCAAAAAAAAAAAAAAAAAAAGGGAAGAUUGUAAAAUAUACACGCAGGUCAAAUUGGUUAAAUUAUAUUUUCAAGGUAUUAUUUUCACGUUUUCAAUAUUCUUUGUACUGUCUGACACUAUAAGUUAAGUUUUUGUAUCUGUCAAAAUGUCUAUAAUUAUGCAACCGUUACGAUCUACAGUGGAUUCUAUUUAAAUUUUAUUUAAAUUCUGGUUAGCUCUCCAGUUCAAAACCUCAAUGUUAUGUUUUAUGAGUCAUUUAGGGCCUUAUGGAUUCUACAGUCUGUUUUUUCCCCAAUUAAUCUGUCCUAGACAAUCAACUGUAUUUUAGGACAUUACCAUCUGUAUUAUUUACUGUUUAAGCAUUUGUCACUCAAAGGUGCAGCAAUGGCAAUUGGUCCCGUCAAUUUAUAAACUCAGAGGAUUUCUUACAAUACACAACACAACCGAGCUAACGGUGUUUAAUCUGUGCGGACAUUUCAUGCUGCGUGAAUGAAGUCUAAUGACUCAACAGGUAAUUCAAUAAAAGUCUGAAACCUUUGUUGAUAAGCAGCUU